ACAGAGUUUUAAAGAAAAGAGCAACUCAAAUUUUUUUUACUGAGAAUUGUACUGAAAUCAACAAAAAUGGCUGCUACUGUAAAAACCCAUACCGACAAUAUACUUUUUUUGCUCGUGAAAUUGAGGACUACAGAGACUAGCAAGCGGACAAAUAUUCUAUUACGUGGGUCAUUUCAAAGUCCCUCAUCCAUGGCUAUCAACGUGUUUGUUUCUCUGUAGGUAUACAGUUAUGUGCGUGUUAAAGACGGGUUGGGGAUACAGACGAACAUGGCAGGUAAAUAUAGAUGCCAGGAGAUAUUGGCACCGGGUAACAUCGAAGACUACUGCGAAAGUACCUUGACAUUUCCUUGACUUUUACUGCCACUCACUUGGCCCACGGCCUGCGCUGCUGCCACUGCUGAUAGUCAUGAUGUGGGCGUAUUUUUAGCGCACUAGCUAAGGUGAGCUAGCAAGCUAAUCUAGGCAUUCACUUCCAACACUAACUAGUAGUGAACCGACGAGAUAGCUACAUCUUAUCUUCUGACUGAUUGGCUUAAUUGAGGCCCAAGUGUGGUUGGCUAGCUAGCGUACAGUCAUCUUUCUACGCGUUUACAUUUUCUCGCCAGGUUCAACGCGACUGCCAGUGUUGUGAGAGUCAAGAGACCUGCAGGGGUGACUGACUAACUGGUGUUGCUCGUGCUCAGCAUGUUAGCUUUAGGUAUAGUUAGCUUCAGUCGCGUCUUGUUAACUUAAUCGACAAAAAAACAGGAAGGGAAUCAAUAGCCAACAAACGACAAAACGCUGAGUGGCGCAAUAAACGUUAGCUAAACAAAAUCUCCCCUUUCCACGUCUGAAGUUUCGAGGUGUUUGCUGCGCUUGUUUUUCUUUCUCUUCUUUUCUUCAGUCGUCACAACCUCCGACUCGCCCUGCCGCAUGCCAUGUCAAGAUAAAUCGACAAUCCAGCUGGAAUCCUCCGUUCUUUCAGUCGACGUGUGGCGUGUUCUGUCUCCCGGCGGGCCCAUCUUUAACGGCGUGUGUCGUCCAACGUUUGUCCGUUUGGUUUCUUUGUGUGAUUUUAGGCAGCUGGUAACGGCACAGACAAGCUCGACGACAGCCUCCCCAAAAUGGCUGCACAGUCAACUACAAAGAUGUGACGUGUUUUGACAUGUGACCGCACGAGGGGAAAAAAAACAACUGCUCGGAAAGCUUGCGCGUGAUUGGCCUCUUUAUCACGUGACUGAUUAGACGUAUUUAAGCCACUGGCGCGCGAUCUUUGGAGGAGACUCAACAACGUCGUGUUUUUACUCACCAACGGUCUAUUGAAGGAAAAUGAGUUUCAGUGGAAAGCUAAAACACGGCCAGCAGAGGUCUCAUGUGAAUCCAAAGAGCCUUUUCACACCAUCUCAAAAGGCAAUGGGAUGUCCCAGGCAAACCCUGCAGGUCCUCCAGCCCUCAGCUGGCAACAAAGACUUGGGAAGGUCGGCUCAGGUGGGAAAGGUGAUCCCCAAAAGGAAACAGUGGAGCGCAGAACCAACUAGAGGUCCAAAGAGGGUGAAGGUAGAAGUCAAGUCUACACAAACAGAAGAAGCUCAGUGUUUGACAAAUGGCAUAACCAAUGAUGCAUAUGAACUUAUGGUUGUAGAAACUCCCCCUCCCACCUACUGGAAAGCGAUGGCAGAGGAGCGUCGGAAGGCCUUGUACAAUGUUUUACAGGAGAACGAGAAGUUACACAAAGACAUUGAAGCCAAAGAUGACCAGAUAACACAGCUAACUUCUGAAAAUGCAGAGCUACAGGAGCUGGCACAACACGUCCAGUACAUGGCUGAUAUGAUUGAGAGGCUGACUGGGGAGAGCCCAGACAAUCUGGCGGAACUGAGGGAGAUUGCUCUUGAUGUGGAAGACGAUGAGGAGGAUGAGCGUGACGACAGUUUGUGUGACUCGGAGGAAGAAGAGACAUCAGACCACGAACAAGCUGGACCCUCAGGAGAGCAGGAUUAACUGACAACUCUUGUAUGUCAUGGGACUUUGACCUUUUUAUACAGGUCGGCAGCAUUUGUGCUUUGGCAACAGGUGGCCAUCUAUUUGACUGAAUUGGCGUUUCAAAAUAAUUCAUGUACUUCAAGCCGCAAUAGUUUUGAAACGUCGGUCAUUUUAUGUUUUUAAGCCUUUAACAGAUUGGGGCUGGUUUUAUUCUUUUUAAUUUAUGUUCAGUUCAACUAAAGUGUUCAAAACUAAGCCAUAGAGGCCUUUCACACAGGAGACAUUUUAACAAGUCUCAGUAGAAAAAGCACAGGCAUAGUAAGUCAUAUAAAUGAUGGCUCAAUUAUUUUCAGUUGCUUCUGUUUAUUAUGGCCAUGUUUUUUUUGACCAGGCUCAUUGUCCUGGCUUAUUGGGACACUUGCAUAGCCCAGAGCCAUUAAUGAUGCCAAUCUGAAGGUACUGAGGGAAUGUUUUUGUGUCUACAGAAUAACAGCAAGCCUUGCAGCUCUACUAGCUGUUUGCUAAUAGUUUGUGGGGCUAAUGUCGACAGGCUGCAUGUCCUACCCAAACCGGUUGGGACCCCUAAGCCCCCUCCAUCCCUUUUUCUUGGUGGUUGGAAACUACAGGAAAACAGCCAUGUGACUAACGGCUGCGAUUUUCCUACUAUGAGUCUGGGGGUGGAAGGCUACAUACACUUCCAGAUGCGGUCAAGCUUGUGUCCCUGUUUACACUGUAAAAUUGUGCAAUGUCAGUUUUGUACAUUUUGUAAAAUAAACACUUUUUUUUUUUAAAGAAAAAAAAACAUGUUAUGGGUCUUCAACUAUGAAAUAUUGACUGCCUGUGCACAGGAAAAGUAGUUUAAAAUAAGACUUUUACUUUUUGACACGCUAUACUAUGACUUUUUCAUGAAAUUUUCAACAUGCAAUACUGACUUUUUAAAUCUCACUAUAUGACUUUUUACAACCGUAAUGUAACUUACAAUGUUGUGAAAUGUGUGCCAGUCUAAAGUUCUGCUGAGACUUUCAGGUUUCUGGGAUCCACUUGCUCCUGGACCUAAAGAGGGCCUCAAACACCUAACUCAUGAUGCAGAGGAAGCGCUUCUUUCCCCAGCCCAGGAAGCUCAACCUGCCUCAGGAGCUGCUGAUCCAUUUCUAUACUGCAACAAUCCAGCAUGUUCUAUACACAUCGAUGUCUGGUUUGGAUCAUUAUUUAGCUGUACCAAGUUUGCAUUCCAUCUGUCCAAUACAGCUGAUUCAUAAAUAUUGACAGUUUUUCAUCAAAUAGUCAUACUAUACUGACUUUUUUUCAACAUGCUACACCAUGACUUUAUUUUUUGACAUACUAUACUAUCUUUUGAAAUAGAUUUUGCAACAUGCCAUUUAAUAACUCUUCCCCAAGCUAUACUAUGACUUUUUUCAACAUACUAUAUUUUUAUGAAUAUUUUCAUAAAGGCUAAAUAAACACUUGUCUUUGGAUAUCUGCAAAAUCCAAACUGGAAUUUACUGUACAUGUAUUCCACUUAUGACAAUACUACGAACAUUUAAAUGUAAAACAAAUUCAAAGCUAACAAUGUCAUUUAACACUUAUUUUAAAAAUCCACAAUUUUGCAGUUUUAAUUAUGCAAAAAUAAACUUUAUUGCAUCUUUUGAUGAGCAGAGGAAAUACUUCCAAACAAUGAAGUGUAGUAUGCAACUAAAUGGAUCAGUACAGAAGCUAUUGACCACAAAGAUGAUCAAUUUCAACAAAGUGUACCAAGUUAUUCUUAAAACUACUCUCUGCAUAAGAGAUGAGAUGUGCACAUUUUGACAACUUGUACUUUGUGAUUAGGAAUCGAACAGCCAAUAAAUGAACUUGACUUAACACUGGUAAACUGCAAGUUUCUAAAACAAAAGCUCACUCAAAAGAAAAAAAUUCAAACACUAAAUGAGUGGAUGAAUUAGAUACUUUACCAAAAUACUGUAAUGCUAUUCACAUCAUGAAUAAAAGUAACCGUUACUUAAAAUGGAUCAUGUUUUGAAAAAAGGUUUAGAAAAAAAACUGAACCAUCUUCAGCUUUUAGUAAGAACUUCACACAUUUACAGAUGUUACAAAAGAAAAUAUGAAUUUCAUAAAAAUAUUACCACUUGCUUUUAAUCAAUAUGGCUUUUGGACUGUGCAGUUAGAACCAAAUAACAAGAUUCAUAUAUUAUGGGUUUGUCCUAUUGUGUGCGCUGAAAUAUAAUUCUCAUUAUUCUGGCCAAAAUGCAAAUGGUGUUUUGAAAAUACAUUCUCCA